AUGGGGAUUCCAAGGUGGUCAAAUUAACAAAUUAAAACUUCAAUGAUCUUGUAACUAAUAGUCCUUAAGACUUGUGGUUCAUAGAGUUUUAUGCCCCAUGGUGUGGUCAUUCUAGAUGGAGUUGCAAAGGUCGGAGCACUAGAUAUGACAACUGAUAGAGAGGCUGGCUCUUCAUUUGGGAUUAGAGGAUUCCCGUCACUUAAAUUCUUUGGUAUUAAUAAAACAAGACCCAAGGACUAUAAUGGUAGGAGAGACCUUGAAUCACUAGUAAAAUUCGCAAAAGAAUAAAUCGAAAAUAAAGAUAGCUAACCUGAAGCAGAUGAUAUAAAGCCCCCAAAAAGAAAAAUGGAAGAUAUAAUUGAUCCCAUCUAAAGGAGAAAACUCUAGGAGGACAGAAUUAUAGACCCUGAAUAAUAGAAGGUGAAGGAUUAAGUUCCUAAAUUUAGAGGUGCUGGAGAUAAAGAGAGAUUCACUCCAGGCAGAUUCAGACUACCUCCCGAUAUUCUAACUUUCAAUGAAACAACAUUUGAUACCUAAGUCAUUUAAAACAAUGAUGUCUGGUUCAUCUUAUUCUAUAAGGCUGAUGAUCAAGAGUCAUUUAAAAUUGCUUAGAUUAUGAGAAGAGACCAAAUCAGAGUGAGAGAUCAAGCAAAGAUUGCAAUCAUCAAUGUUGAAGAGAACCCAGAACUAGUAGCAAGAUUCAAAAUAGAAAAUUCCCCUGUUCUCAUUUACUUCAAUACAAAUGACACUGAAGGAUAUUAAAGAUCUGAUGCUGAUGCUAGAGAGCUAUCACUAAAAGAUCUACAAAGCAUAGCCCCAACCUUAUAAAAACUAUUGAGAGAGUAGAAUAGCUAUCUCGAAGAGAUUUAAGAUUCAAGACAGUUCUAUAGUAAAUGUAAACCAAGAGGUAGUUGUGUUUUUUUCUUUGUUCCUAAAAUCUCUACCUAAAUUACUGAAAAAGUCAGGAAAACCUAAUUGGAUCAAUUAAGAGAUUCCAUCAAAGCAAUUGAAGGUGAGGAAAUAAAUUUCUUCUGGAGUUAAUAUGAAGAUCAAUAAGCGCUGCAAGAUACAUUUAAGAUUUCUACCUCAGAAUCUGAAAUUAAGGUUGCUUUAAUUAAAGCAUUCCAAAGAAAAUUCGCCACUCUAGAUGAGGAAUUCAGCAAAGAGAGCCUAAUUCAAUUUAUUAGUGAUACAGAUAAACCAAACUAUAAUUUCUAGGAGUUUAAUAUGAGACCUAAUAUUGUGGACAAAAACAGAGACUAGGAUUUUGAAAGACUCAGGAGAAAUAAUAGAAAGACAAAAGACUCAAAAUAAGCAAAAGAUGAUCUUUGA